AUGAUCUCCGCCUUCUUCAUCCUCAACCUCAAGGGAGAGGUCCUCAUCUCGCGACUGUUCCGACCAGACCUCAAACGCUCGAUAUCCGACAUCUUUCGCAUCCACGUUAUCGCCAGCUCAACGCCACCCACUUCGCCGCUCAUCACGAUCAGCAACACGACCUUCUUUCAUGUUAAGCACGGCGGUCUCUGGCUCGUCGCGGUCUGCAAGCAUAACGCAAAUGCCGCGCUCGUCUACGAGUUUACCUACCGGUUCAUCAACCUCGGCCGAUCAUAUUUCGGCAAGCUCGACGAGGAGAGCGUCAAGAACAACUUUGUGCUCAUUUACGAACUGCUAGACGAGAUCCUCGACUUUGGAUACCCACAGAAUUCGGAGAGCGAUACGCUCAAGAUGUACAUCACGACGGAGGGAGUCAAGUCGGAGCAGGCGGUGCGAGAAGAGGCGUCGAAGAUCACGAUUCAGGCGACAGGCGCCAUCUCCUGGCGAAGAAACGACGUUAAGUAUCGCAAGAACGAGGCAUUCGUCGACGUGAUCGAGACAGUCAACCUCUCGAUGAACUCGAAGGGUACGGUGCUGCGAGCGGAUGUCGACGGGCAGAUCCUGAUGCGGGCAUACUUGAGCGGCACGCCCGAGUGCAAGUUCGGUCUCAACGACAAGCUCGUCAUCGACAAGCCUGGCAACCCUUCGACGGCGAAGAACCCUCUCGGCGGAGUCGACGGCAACGCAGUCGAGCUCGAUGACUGCCAGUUCCACCAAUGUGUCAAGCUCGGCAAGUUCGACAGCGACCGGACGAUCUCGUUCAUCCCGCCAGAUGGCGAGUUCGAGCUGAUGCGGUAUCGCGCAACGUCGAACAUCAAUCUCCCGAUCCGAGUACAGCCCAUCGUCGAGGAAAUCGGCAAGUCGCGUGUCGAGUACACCGUUCACGUCAAGACGAUGUUCCCAGCCAAACUCAGCGCAAACAACGUCGUCAUCCGCAUUCCUACGCCGCUCAACACGGCGAGCGUCGAGUGCAAGGUCGGGAUGGGCAAGGCGAAGUAUGUCCCGGGAGAAAACGUGAUCGUCUGGAAGAUCCCGCGCUUCCAAGGAGGCUCGGACACGACCUUCACAGCCGAAGCCUCGCUCUCGCAAACGACGGUUCGGAAAGCCUGGUCGCGCCCGCCCAUCUCGGUCGACUUCCAGGUCCUGAUGUUUACGGCGUCGGGUCUCCUGGUGCGGUUCUUGAAGGUGUUUGAAAAGAGCAACUACCAGAGCGUCAAGUGGGUCCGGUACCUGACGAAGGCCAACGGUUCCUACCUUGUUCGCAUCUAA